AUGGCUCUCAUUACAGGUGGCCUGGGAGGGCUUGGCAUGCUUGCGGCGAACGAGCUCGCCAUCUCUGGCAAGGACCACGUGGUGGCGACGUCGAGGAGUGGACGCCCCACCGGCAUGCCACCUGCACUGCAGCAGCUGAUGGCAGCAAUGCAGACAACCUGUCCACAUUACAUGGUGAAGGCUGACGGCUCGGAUGGUGCUGUCAUGCUGGACACUAUACAGGCUUUCUGCCGUCCGGGUCUUCUCGCCGAGUCGGCAGUCACCUUGGGCACCAUCAUCACAGCAACCCGCUCUCAGCUCGAGACCAUGCCUGACGAGCUGGUCAGGCCUUCCCUGGAAACACUGGAGCGUAUCAAGAAGGAGAUCAUUGACACUUCCAAGGAGGCAAGUGAAAAGGUUCAGUUCGGCGCCGAUGUGACCGUGGAAGACGCACAAGAAGUGCGAGAUCGGGAGGACGAGGUGGUUGACCUGAUCUCAAAGCUCAAAACACGGGUGGACGGUGGUGGAACCGGGCCGGCUCAGCUCCGUGCCAUCCAGAAGACUGGCAGCGAGUUGGCCGAGCAGGUGCAGGAGCUGGGGGUCCGGAUCAAGAACAUCACCACUCAAACCACCCUAGCUCUCCCGCAGAGACGCAUGGGCAUCGAGACUAUCGUCCAUGCGGCUGGCGUUCUGCAGGACGGGCUCAUCGUCCCCAACCUGCAGAAGGCUCCCGAUAUGUGGAGCAAGGUGUACGGCGUUAAGGCCCACGGAGCCUGGCAGCUGCACCAGGCGACCACGGCACUGUGA